UGGGAGUUGAAGUCCACAAAUCCCGGGAUUAAAUGAUCCUUGCCGUCCAUGCCCUGAACUACAAAUUAUCUAAUCCAGAUUUUAGGAUGCCACUUCCGUGCUUCCAAGCGAGGUGCUGCUAGGCAACAGAGGCGCUCGGCCGGUAGGAGGGAAAAGAAGGGACGCUUUGAGGCGGCCGUUUGCGAGGCUUUGAGCAGGGAUGAAGUUUACAGAUUGUUGCCUCAGCUCCGAGGGAGCUGAGGUUAUUUUAGCAACAUCCAGUGAUGAAAUAUACCCGGCGGAAAACAUCAUUGACGGGCGAUCUGAAACUUUUUGGACUACAACAGGGAUGUUUCCUCAGGAAUUUAUUAUUUCCUUUCAUAAAUGUGUGACCAUUAGCAAACUGACAAUUCAAUGUUACUUAGUGAAGAGGCUACGCAUUGAAAAAAGUAUAUCUAAAGAUCCGGUUGAUUUUGAAAAAUUCACUGAAAAAGAGCUGCAGUGUAAAGAUGGGGAGCUACAAACAGAAGAUUUUUCUUUUCCUGAGAUCCAAGCAACAUAUCUUCGAAUCAUCAUUUUAUCUGCUUCUGAUGCUUUUGUGUCAGUUCAUAGGGUGAUAGCAGAAGGAUUGUCGCAUGAAAGUUAAAUGCAAUAUUCAGAUUAUAACAUAUUAAACAUUAAACCUUUUUAAAAAUGUAGCGGGCAUUAACGACUAAGUAUACUAACUGCAGUUGGUAUUUAAUCUUUUCAACUGAAAUUGUAAAAAAAAAAUUCAGCAAUGAACAUUAUUUAAACUGAUAAUUAUUUAUAUGAUGAUGUACAGUAUAUUAUAGCUGAAAUAAAGU